AUGGAACUCGCUACUCACGGAAAUCCAGACCCUGAUGAAUUCUUGCAAGAAUUUAGAAAAAUAAGAACGGGAAUAUAUGACGCUCCAGAUGACUUUGUCAUAAGAUUCGAUACCGACAGUUUGCCUUCAUUUGAGCCUGUCGACGAAGAAUUAUGGAAAGCGUGCGCCGGAAGCAGCAUUGUUACGCAUCUUACACUUGAUCGGGUAUACGAGGCCCUCCAGACAUCUGAGAAGUGCAACCACAUUUGGGCACUAUUUGAACGCAGUUUUUAA